UUGAAGGAGAAUAUAAUAAAAGUUAUACCAUUGAAAAUUUUAAGCUUUGAUAUUGAAUGCUGCUCAGAAACACAAUCCUUUCCCGAUUCUAAAAAGGAUCCUAUCAUUCAAAUAGGAAACAGUGUUGGAAGAUAUGGCGUUUCAGGGCUCUCAAGAACCAUAUUUUGUCUGAAAGAGACUGCAAGCAUUCCUAAUUCCAAUGUUUACUGGUUCGAGACGGAAGAAGAGUUGCUAAAUGCUUGGAGAGAAUAUUUUCUUGAAACGAACCCCGAUAUCGUAAUUGGAUAUAAUAUUAAAAGCUUUGAUUUUUCAUACAUUCUUGACAGAGCUGAAAUAUUGAGGCUAAAGGAUUUUGGAAGACUUGGAAGAACUGAUAAAGUUAGCAGAGUUGUUAAUAGACAGCAGUCCUCGAAGAUGUUUGGUACCUUUGAUGCAAAGGACAUCAAUAUUGAAGGCAGGCUGAUUUUUGAUCUACUUCACGUAAUAAGAAGAGACCAUAAAUUAAGAAGCUACUCUUUAAACUCUGUUUCUGUCCAUUUUCUAGGAGACCAGAAGGAAGAUGUGCCACCAUCUUCGAUGUUUGACCUACAAAAUGGCAAUAAAGAGACAAGGGCCAGAAUAGCAUCGUACUGUUUGCAUGACACAUAUCUACCAAUGCAGAUUUUUGAUAAGCUGAAUGUUCUCAUAAAUUAUUCGGAGCUUUCCAGGGCAACAUAUGUUCCUAUUGAUUUUUUCUCAACUCGGGGCACCUCUAUUAAGGUUCUAACGCAGAUAUACAGAGAGUCCUCGAAGCAUGGCUACCUCAUUCCGGACGUAGAAGUAACAGAUGAGUAUGUUCCAUAUGAGGGCGGAUUUGUCAUGGAUCCAAUAAGAGGAUUUUAUAGCGACCCUAUCACUGUACUAGACUUUACGUCACUUUAUCCAUCGAUCAUGAUCAGUAAAAACCUAUGCUAUACAACCUUGCUCACAAAAGAGCAGUAUGACAAGGUCGGAGGCAUAAAAACACCCACUAACAAUUACUUUUGUUCUGCAAGCACUAAAGAAGGUAUCCUGCCUCAAGUUUUGCGAAAUCUGUUAAAAGCAAGAAAAGAAGCUAAGGCGUUGUUCAAAGCAUCUACAGAUCCCAUUAUUAAGAGGAGUCUUGAUGCAAGACAAUAUGCUCUGAAGAUUUGUGCCAAUUCACUGUACGGAUUUACAGGUGCAACCGUAGGUCAGCUGCCCUGCAUUGAGAUUUCCCAGAGCACAACCGCCUUUUGGUAG